CCCACAUUCUCCAUUCUCCAGACUGUUCAAGAGGAGUACGGCUGCGUAUUUAUUCUGCUCCAGUGUAGCUGCGAGCAGUAUCCGAGAAGCCUUCACGGGAGCAGUUGGCCGAGUCGUCUGAGGAGACACUAUUGCCUGAGUGGUGUGUUAUCGCGGCAGCUGUCGUGAGGGAGUCCACAUCAUGGGGAAGGAUUACUACAAGAUUCUGGGCCUGUCCAAGGGGGCCUCUGAGGACGACAUAAAGAAGGCCUACAGGAAGAUGGCCCUCAAAUACCACCCCGAUAAAAAUAAAUCUGCUGACGCGGAGGAGAAAUUCAAGGCGGUUGCUGAGGCGUACGAGGUGCUGAGUGACAAGAAGAAGCGGGACAUUUACGACCAGUACGGCGAGGAGGGCCUGAAGGGUGGAGUGCCUGGCGGAGGCGGCGAAGAUGGCACCCACUUCACCUACACGUUCUCUGGGGACCCGCGGGCGACGUUCCAGCAGUUCUUCGGUACUAAUGACCCUUUCGCCCACUUCUUCAACAUGGGCGUUGACGGACAUGGGGGUCACGGCGUGUUCGAGGACAUGGACGUGGAGGAUGACCCGUUCAUUACCAUGAUGGGCGGCAGUGGUCCUCGCCUGGGCGGCGCUCGAAGAGCCUUCAGCUUUAACCCCCACGAUGCCUCCAGGCCCCACGGUGGCAAGGGGCGCCACCAGGAUCCCGCCGUCAGCAGGGACCUAUACGUCACGCUGGAGGAGGUAGCCAAGGGCGUCACCAAGAAGAUGAAGAUCACUCGCAAUGUAGUUGGCAGUGACCAUCGCACGACGCGGCGGGAGGAGAAGAUUCUGACGAUCGACGUGAAGCCGGGCUGGAAGGAAGGCACCAAAAUCACCUUUGAGCGCGAGGGUGACCAGACACCAGGCAAGAUCCCCGCGGACAUUGUCUUCAUGAUAAGAGACAAGCCCCACCCACACUUCAAGCGAGACGGCGCCAACCUGGUAUACACGGCCAAGGUCACACUGCGAGACGCCCUUUGCGGUACCAGAGUGUCUGUACCCACCCUGGACGGCCAGCGGGUAGCCCUCAAUCUGUCAAACGAAGUGGUGAGGCCCCAGACCACUAAACGUUUGCAGGGCUACGGACUACCCUACCCCAAGGACCCACAGAGAAAGGGUGACAUCAUCGUCCACUUCGACAUACAAUUUCCCGCCUCGUUAACUCAAAGUGCGAAAGAAAUCUUGUCCGAAGUGCUUCCUCUGUAAGUGUCCUUCAGAAUGUGUUGUGUUGAGGAGGAUCUUUGCUCACCCAUUGACUGUCACGGACAUUUGUGUUGUGUUUUCAAGAGCCUCGCCUGUGCGUGAGUGCAUCACUUGGUUUGUGGGCAAUAUUUUCAUAUUUAUUACGGUGACUUUUGAGCUAUUUGAUGCAUUGUGUUAGUGCAAUCUUGUGAGUUACUGUGUACGCGUCAAAGUGAACGAGGGACCUGUUGCCGGCAAGAAGUUAUACUUGUACGGUGACGUCAUCUGUGGAGUUAGCUGAGAGAGAGAGAGAGAGAGAGAGAGAGAGAGAGAGAGAGAGAGAGAGAGAGAGAUGCCAUUUAUAUUUUUGUGAAGUUACACUUAACUUAUUUUAGGGUUACAACUUCAGUGGCUUAAUUACGCUAUUUGAGCUCUUGUACCAAGGGCGAAAAGUUUGCACUUGUUUCUUCACUCAUUCAUUUUGCAUUUUUAGUACAUUUUUUGUAUAUACUCAUAUUAGUCCGGAGGAUAAGUUUGUAUAUAAAAAUACAUGACGCCAAAGAAUCACUUAUCCACUUGUUGGUGUAAGUUGAAUAAACAUAUAUUUUGUAA